CUUCAGACAAAGACAAAAUGGACAUCAAAAUAAUUUUAUUGUGCAGUUUAUUUGCUGUAACUGUUACAGGUGAGCAUUGUGGUGCUCCGACAGAUUGUAAAACAACAAGAUGUGCACAUACACAUAAUACUACUUGCUUGUUUGGAACAUGUGCCUGUGUGGAAUAUUUCGGCAAUGCAUGUAGCGACUUUGAAGACUGUAAACAGGAUGACUGCGUCAAUGGCGGCCAUGGACAUUGCUUUGAAUACAAAUGUCUCUGUCUACACCAUCCUAUUGGUCAUGGUCAAUAA